CCUCGAAGGAAGUGACGCGCCCGUGAAGGGCGGGGAUAAUUUUGAGCCGGAAGUGGCUCGCGAAUAGUAAAUAAGCCUCGAAAGGCUAGAAAGGAGUUGUCUCCAUCUUGUCUGGUUCCGCAGUUCUUACGACGUCGUGGAGAUGGGGAGCGUCCUGGGCCUGUGCUCCAUGGCGAGCUGGAUCCCGUGCCUGUGUGGUAGUGCCCCGUGUUUGCUGUGCCGAUGUUGCCCUAGUGGAAACAACUCCACUGUGACUAGGUUGAUCUAUGCGCUUUUCUUGCUUGUGGGAGUUUGUGUAGCUUGUGUAAUGUUGAUACCUGGAAUGGAAGAACAACUGAAUAAGAUUCCUGGAUUUUGUGAGAAUGAGAAAGGUGUCAUCCCUUGUAAUAUUCUUGUUGGCUAUAAAGCUGUAUACCGUUUGUGCUUUGGUUUGGCUAUGUUCCAUCUUCUGCUCUCGUUACUGAUGAUCAAAGUGAAGAGCAGCAGUGAUCCUAGAGCUGCAGUACAUAAUGGAUUCUGGUUCUUUAAAUUUGCUGCAGCAAUAGCAAUUAUUAUUGGGGCAUUCUUUAUUCCAGAAGGAACUUUUACAACUGUGUGGUUUUAUGUGGGCAUGGCAGGUGCCUUUUGUUUCAUCCUCAUACAGCUAGUCUUACUAAUUGACUUUGCCCAUUCAUGGAAUGAAUCCUGGGUCGAAAAAAUGGAAGAAGGAAACUCGAGAUGUUGGUAUGCAGCCUUGUUAUCUGCUACAGCUCUGAAUUACCUGCUGUCUUUAGUUGCUAUAGUCCUCUUCUUUGUGUACUACACUCAUCCAGACAGUUGUUCAGAGAAUAAGGCAUUCAUCAGUGUGAACAUGCUCCUCUGCAUUGGUGCUUCUGUAAUGUCUAUACUGCCCAAAAUCCAAGAAUCACAACCAAGAUCUGGUUUGCUGCAGUCUUCAGUAAUUACAGUCUACACAAUGUAUUUGACAUGGUCUGCUAUGACCAAUGAACCAGAAACAAACUGCAACCCAAGUCUACUAAGCAUAAUUGGCUACAAUACAACAAGCAGUACUCCAAAGGACGGGCAGUCUGUCCAGUGGUGGCAUGCUCAAGGAAUUAUAGGACUAAUCCUGUUUUUAUUAUGUGUGUUUUAUUCAAGCAUCCGUACUUCCAACAAUAGUCAGGUUAACAAACUGACUCUAACAAGUGAUGAAUCAACGUUAAUAGAAGACGGUGGAGCCAGAAGUGACGGGUCCCUGGAGGAUGGAGAUGACACUCGCCGAGCUAUAGAUAAUGAAAGGGAUGGUGUCACUUACAGUUACUCCUUCUUUCACUUCAUGCUUUUCCUGGCUUCACUUUAUAUCAUGAUGACCCUUACCAACUGGUACAGGUAUGAGCCUUCUCGUGAGAUGAAAAGUCAGUGGACAGCUGUCUGGGUGAAAAUCUCUUCCAGUUGGAUUGGCAUCGUGCUGUAUGUUUGGACACUGGUGGCACCACUUGUUCUUACAAAUCGUGAUUUUGACUGA